AUGCAGCUCUUGGAGAAAGGAGAUGCGGAAAAUCAAACAGAUGUCACCGAAUUCAUUCUCCUUGGGUUUGGGGAUCUCCGUGAACUGCAGAUCCUUCUCUUCUUGGUUUUCCUAGUGAUCUACAUUGUGACCAUGUCAGGGAACAUCCUUAUCAUUGCUCUAGUUGUGACGGAUCAGCACCUUCACACCCCCAUGUACUUCUUCCUGGGCAACUUGUCCUGCCUGGAGACCUGCUACACUUCUGCCCUCCUGCCAAGGAUGCUGGCCAGUCUCCUGACUGGGGACAGAACCAUUUCUGUGGGGGGUUGCAUGACACAGUUUUUUUUCUUUUGUUUUCUAGCAACUGCAGAGUGUUAUCUCCUGGCAGCGAUGUCUUAUGAUCGGUAUUUAGCCAUAUGCAAACCACUGCACUAUGGAACCUGUAUGAAUGGCAAGUUGUGCCUCCAGCUAGCAGCGGGGUGUUGGAUAAUUGGAUUUCUACCUUGUACAAUAACGAUGUGUUUUAUGUCACAAUUAAUUUUCUGUGGCCCCAAUGAAAUGGAUCAUUUCUUUUGUGAUUUCACCCCAAUGCUAAAGCUCUCCUGCAGCGACACCAGCCAGAUGACGCUGGUUCUUUAUAUAUUUUCCUUCCCAGAUGCAGUUUCCCCAUUUCUAUUAACCUUGACAUCCUAUGUUUGUAUAGUUAGCACCAUCCUGAGAAUCCCUUCCACCACCGGGAGGCAAAGGGCCUUUUCCACCUGCUCCUCUCACCUCAUCGUGGUAACACUUUUCUAUGGGACCCUAAUGAUUGUCUACAUGCUACCAAAAUCCAGCAACCUGAGAGCCCUGAACAAAGUGUUCUCUGUCUGCUACACAGUCCUGACUCCCCUGGCCAAUCCCCUCAUCUACAGCCUGAGAAACAGAGAGGUCAAGGAGGCCCUGAGAAAAGCUGUCAGGAAAUGUCUGGCCCUCACAAAGAAUUCAGACUAG